AUGAGUCAAGGCGUGGGCUACAAGCAGGAUCUCCCGCCUCGCGGUGGUUUUGCGCCGAUCCGGUACAAGCGCAACAUCCCGACCAAGGGGCCGAGCGGUGUUGCGCUCCUCUCGGCGGUGGCCGGUCUGACGGCGUUCGGUUUCUACCGCGUGGGUCAGAACAACAUUGAGAAGCGUGAGCUUGCGCGUGAGCGCGCGUGGAGCCGCAUCCACCUGACGCCGCUGCUCCUCGCCGAGUCCGACCGCGACACGUUCCGCCGCGAAAAGGCGACGCUGCUGCGCGAAAAGGAGCUCAUGAAGGACGUCAAAGGCUGGGAGGUGCGUUUUCUCUACUCACAGCAGGCUGGCAAGAGUGUGUACAACACCAAGCGCUACACCCCCAACAGCUACGUAGUUAUGUAG